AGUAGAUUCUUUCACCGAUUGAGUUCUCUUUUUCAAUUUAUGUCAGUUCAAGAUUACAGUAUAUAUAUAUAUAUAGUUCAUAUAUACCUUGAUUAUGUCACUCCAAAAUCAUAUAUCACUUUCAAUACUCUGCAUCAAAAUCCUCUCUGUUCAAGAUACAUAUCUGCUUCAGAUGGAAGCAAUGGAUAACCAAAAUAUUGAUGAACAGCCACCAAAUGUGAAUUUAGAGGAUGAAAAUGAUAACGAAAGGGUGACUGGUGAAGGACACGUUGAUGACAAGAAAGGAAAUCGUGGUCCGAAGUCAUGGGUGUGGAAACAUUCUAAAGGGGGUGGGAUGGAUGUGGUGUGGUUAUCGGUGAACCCCAGCCCCGCCUGGGAACACCGCCGCCAGGGGGUCGGGGUGGGGAACGGAAGGAAGAAAACGGGGAAGGUUCACCGAGGAGAGAGAAAGGAGCGUGGGGCCCGCGCGCAGGAAAGGAGCCACUGGUGGCUUGACACGUGGCGAGGGGAGCGGAGGAAGUAGCCGUUGGCUUUUUUUUUUUACCUCUUUCUCUAUAUAUAUACACUCUUUUCUUCUUUAAACAACACACAACUACUUUCAUUUUCACUACAUUUUUAUAAAAUUCAAACACCCCAACAUUUUCAUCACUAAUUUCUUACACCCAACACCAAAAAAUAUGGCUUCCGGUAUUUUGGAUAAUUCGAGCGACUCUCCUGACGAGUCAAACGAUAGCUCUAUGAAAUUCUUUGUUAACGCGUUACACUUUCUUGAAGAUACGGCAACUUCUAGUGCUCCUCAAACUCGACGGUAUACGGACCGGCAUCGGGAAAUUGGUCUUGAUACUUUUUUGAACGAUUGGUUCGUUCAACAACCAAAAUACGAAGACGAUUACUUUCGAAAGAAGUUUCGAAUGGACAAGACCAUGUUUUAGAUAUCGUGCGCGACAUUGAAGCAAACUUCCCGUAUUUCCAAGAACGUUACGAUGCAAGAGGAAGAAAAAGUUUUACGGCGAUACAAAAAUGCACAUCCGCCGUUAGGCAACUCGCGACGGGUAACGCACCAGACGAGUAUGACGAGUAUUUGUGCAUGGCAGCCAGAACGGCACGAGAGACCCUUGAUUAUUUUUGUGACGCCAUCAUUCGGUUGUAUAGCCGAGAGUACCUACGCAGGCCGACGUCACACGACGUUGCACGCAUCUUCGAGGCCCACGAGCUUCGUCAUCAUAUGCCUGGGAUGCUUGGUAGCAUCGAUUGCACACAUGUCGAGUGGUCGGCAUGUCCUAGACGUUUGAGAGGGCAAUACACGAGGGGUGACCACAACGGUCCAACUAUUAUGCUUGAAAUCACCGCGUCACAUGAUUUGUGGAUUUGGCAUGCUUUUUUCGGUGUCCCGGGGUCGAACAACGACAUCAACGUGUUGAACCAAUCCGAUUUGUAUGUCACAGCGCGUAACGGAACGGCUCCGGAUUCUUCAUUCCACGUGAAUGGGCGAUAUUAUAAACGUGGCUACUAUCUUAGUGAUGGGAUCUACAACAAGAGGCGGCCAGAAAAGAUGUCGAGCGAGCUUUUGGUGUCCUCAAAGGUAAAUGGAAAAUUCUUCAACGACCUCUUCGACCUCUAACGAAAGACAAAAUUGGAAAGUAUGUUCAUACAUGUAUUAUCUUACACAACAUGAUCAUUAAGAGGGACGGGAGGGCAAUCUCACCGGUCCAUAUAAUGGACCCGCCAGUGCAACCGGUGUUCGAUGAAAGUGUGUAUGCGGAGUUGAUUGACGAAGAAGUUCACCAUCGCCUUCGAUAUGAUCUUACGGAGCAUGUAUGGGCUCAAGAUUUGGCGUAUCUCGAUGAUUAGUUUUUUUUUAGUAUUAUGUAAUGUUUCUUU